CCACCACCAAAGUGACGUGGAACGAAAAAAUACGAAGCGACACGAAGCCGAGCACGUCAGAUUCACGUUCAUAUUCCACAUAGCGCUCACAUUUUCCAGGUCAGUCGGUCCAGAAAAAACAGACAGCCCAAAAUGCCCGCUCCAGCAAGUUCGACGUCCGUUGGCAGCGGAUCCCGCUCGCCCAGCAAACUGUCGGCGCCACGUAGCGCCGGAUCCGGAGGCGGCAGCACCCUGAAGCAGCGAAAGACCACCAGCAGCACUACGGCGGCCAGGAGUCGUGCACCCGGCGGAGCCGGUACCGGUGGCAUGUGGCGUUUCUACACAGAUGACUCGCCCGGAAUCAAGGUUGGACCCGUGCCCGUGCUGGUCAUGUCGCUGCUCUUCAUCGCUUCCGUCUUCAUGCUGCACAUCUGGGGAAAAUACAAUCGCUCUUAAGCCCGUUCGAUUCGUAGCCAAUAAAUACUUUCACCUCAACGAACGUGAACAAUGUCGACGUCAUCAUUUCUUUCGCGGCGCGAUAACAUGAGAUCCAUUCCGCUUGUUGAGGCAUUGGUGUGUUUUCCACAUGAAAUUAAUUAUAAAUAAGCUUAAGUUAAAGACGUGUUUAAACGUAAUGCAUA